AUGACAUCCGGAUUUGCUCCUGUUGUUACCCCAGCACUGAUGGCUUCUAUAAGAUGCCGGCCGCACAUCCCCAGGCACUCCUGGUACUUCAUCGCAGCAACGACCCUGAUGGUUCUCAAUCGUCCCGACGAGAUCCCCAAAGUCUACAAGCAUGUCAUGGGACACGGUGUCGGGCCUGGUGAUGAUAUACCCGGAGCAGACGAGCAGCUCAUGAUGUCGAGAAAGUUGAGAGAGGCCCUCGUAAAAGCAUCUGCCGUUGGAGGUCUACCCAAGGCAAUAAACUCGCUCAUGGAAUUGAAGAAGGUGACACCGGAUCACCUCCUAGAUGAGCCAUGCGACGGUGACUCCAACGCCGUAUCGCCCACGGCGCGGCAUCGAGAUGUCCACGCUACACCCGCGUCAAAGAUCAUCGAGCGUGGGCAGCAAUUCUGGAACAACAUUUACGGGAAGAUUUCUAGACGGAUCCUGAGCCAGCUGGACAGGUCCGGUACGGAGGACCUGGGCCUGACGGCACGGCUAAUGUAUGGAUAUAUUCUGAGCAACACCAACGUGCUGUCCCCCGUGGAAACGUCAUACGUGCUCAUUGCCGGGCUCAUCCCCCAGGAUGUCAACCCACAGCUCAAGGGCCAUUUGCGAGGCGCUCUCAACAACGGGGCGACGGCGGACGAGGUGAGGGCUGUGAGAGGCAUCGUCAUUGAGAUCUGCGAAGCCUCGGGUAUGAAGCAACUUGGCGAGGAUGUGCCAGGCGGCUGGGGAUGGCGCAGUGAGGUUGCAACGAUUUGA